UCGCAACAACGAACCUAUUUUAAGGUUAUGAUGACAUUUGCUAAUAACAAAUACGUGUGAUUCAUUUCAUAUUAAAGCAUAGUUUAAAAAUUAUUCGUAAACAACGUCUGAUGUGAGACUAAAAUGGAUUUAAAAGACGGUCUUUGUGCAGCUUUUCGCGGGUUUUGCGAUAGCUUUCGGGGUCUAAAAACACUUGUUUAUAUGGAUAGAGAAUUAAACGAACGUACAAGAAGUCGUUUAGCUCAAGGUAAUCAAAAUAUACGGAGAAGGUCCUCGUCGGAAAGAGAAAAUCAUUCUCCAAUUCGAGCUUUAAAAGCCCAUGAGGAAUCUAAGGUUUUAACAAGAACAAUGCAUUGUUGCCUCUUAAAUUUUUGCAUAUUUUUAUGCAGUAUAAUUUGUUUCGAAUACAUUUUAUUACCAACAAUAAAUACAUUAUUAGAAUACAUCUUUGGUAAUAAAUCAUUGGUGGGAAAUUUAAUAUGGUCUUGGAUUAAACCAUGUUUAUCAUGGCUUUUUAAAACAUUAUGGGUUUUACCUUUAUUUGUUUUGAGUAAAUUAAUUAAUAGUUUAUGGUUUCAAGACAUUGCUGACACUGCCUUUAGAUAUCGAAGAGGUCGUCCCCAAUUUACACACAGCAUAAGCAAAUCAAUCUCAGAUACAAUUUUUAGUAUUCUCGUCCAAAUUUUAUUUUUAGUUCAAGGAAUGAUUGUUGAAUAUAUUCCCAUUUAUGGAGUUGGAUAUGUUUUAUCUUUGGUUCAUAUGUGUUUAUUAUAUUCUUUGUAUUCGUUUGAGUAUAAAUGGUUUAAUAUGGGUUGGGAAUUACAUCAUCGAUUGGAUUUCAUUGAAAUGAAUUGGCCUUAUUUUAUUGGAUUUGGAUUACCGUUAACUUUAAUAACACAAUUUUCUUAUAUCAUAAGCGCGUGUAUAUUUUCAACAACCUUUCCAAUUUUUAUAAUAAGCGCAAAUGAAGCAAAUCCAGUAACAAUACAAAGCGUAUAUCCGUUACAUUUAUUUUCACCGUCUGUUAAAGUAUCGAAUAUUCUUUUAAGAAAAACCAUCGGUGGAAAGAAACCUCCUCCAAACGUCGCAGCAACUCCAAAAAGAUGAUCGAUUUAAUACAUUUAUGAUUUUACCCUGAUUAGAUAAAUAAAUAAUGCGAAUUGUAAAUUAACCAAAUACUGAUGAACGAAGGCUGUCUA